ACGAAAACCAGACGUCUUCAGCUUCAGUCCUCCACGUGUCAGCUGGAGGAGCGAUAGUUUCUUCAUUUUCGGGCCUCCAUGCAGUGGUAGAUAUGGACGCAACAAACGAAGAACACACUAGCAAUGUUCUACAAGAGCUGAACAAACAGAGAGCGCGGGCAGAGCUGACGGACGUGGUUCUGGAGGUGGAAGGAAGAAGUUUCCCCUGCCAUCGUGCCAUCCUGGCAUCGUGCAGUCCCUACUUCCGUACCAUGUUCACCAGCGGCUACGCGGAGGCCAAACAGGAGAGGAUCAGCAUCCAGGAUGUUAGUGACGUAGCCAUGGCAACCAUUCUGGACUAUGCCUACACCGGCUGCCUUCAGACAGAGCCAGACCAGGUCCAGGCUGUGAUGUCUGCAGCCAGACUGCUACAGGUGGAUUUUGUUGGUCGUAAGGCAGCAGAAUACAUGAAGGACCAUCUGGACGUGUCCAACUGUGUGGAUGUGUUGAUGUAUGCUGACAUGCUGGGAGACUGUGACCUGGUUGAGGCCAGUAAGAAGUAUAUGGCAUCCAGGUUCGACCAGGUGGCUCUACAACCAUCCUUUGUCCAGUUGCCUCUGAACUACCUCCAAUCAUUGCUUGACAGGGAUGAUCUAAUGACCAACUCAGAAGACAACGUUGUGCAAGCUGCUUUAAGAUGGGUCGACUUUAACCAAGAAGAGCGUUUGCAGUACCUUUCUACCCUUUGCAAAUCAGUACGCCAGUCCCUCAUUAGCACUAAACUGUGUGUUGAAAUUGAGAGAAAGUGCCGGUCGACAAAUAGUGAGUUAGUUUACAGUGACAGUACAGCCCAGCGGCUGGGACAUCUGCGAACUGAACUGCAAAUUUUCCUGCAAGAAGGUUUCUCAAACGAAGAUUGCGCAGUGGCUUCUCCUUGCUAUGACCCUUCCACUGGUCGACUGUAUACGAUUGAUAUGCCUGAAGACCUGGACAGCCUCUCUAGAUCUGUUACAGUAACUCCUGAUCAUGAGCUGUACAUGGCAGGUGACAUUUUUACCAGCAGAGAAAUUGGAAUAAAUGACAGGCAGAAGAAAUUUUACCAGUACAACCACCUCCUGGACACCUGGGAAUCAAGGUGUGGGAUGAUUGAACCAAGAUACAGGUGUGGUCUGGUGUAUCUGAAAGGGUACAUCUAUGCCAUUGGUGGUGAUGAAACCAGAAGAACAGCAGAGAGAUAUGACCCAAGUUGUGAUGAGUGGACGUGCAUACCACCUAUGCCUCACCAAAUGUCCUCAAAACUCUGUGCUGUGACUCUUGAUGACAAUAUCUAUGUCAUGAGUAAUAAAGGCUGCUUUAGCUUCAGUACCACCAAAAACAAGUGGAAGAAGAGAGCGGACAUGAUUAAAAAACCACUGCGUCCUCAGGCUGUUACCUAUCAGGGGCGCAUCUACUGUAUGGACAAUGCCACCUCAAGAAACUCCAGAGUAGAAAUGUAUAACCCAACAACACAUGAGUGGAAGCAGUCUUGGAAUGGCCCUUAUGGCUGCAGGACAGCAAUCCUGAUGAAAUAUGGAGAGACGAUGUACCUCCUCAACGUACAGUACAGAAUGGGGGCUAAUAAGACUUUCAUUUACAAGUACCAGCCAGAGAUGACAGACUCAUGGUUGGAAAUAAAAGACAGGGGUAGUCUGGUUGCCCCCUUGGCAGAGUGGUUAGGUGAUGGGAGUUCAACAGAUUGCCUGACAGCUAGGAUGUUCCCAAAGUGCCUUGGCGAUCCAGACUUGUAUGAGGACGAUCAUGAUGGUGGAGAGGACGACGACUUCUCGUUUUCAGAGUCACCCAGAAGUGACAGGGACAGUGAUGACCUAUCAGACCAUGGAGACGAUUACUAAAGUGAUGAUUUGAGACACUUGAGACACUAGAACAUCAUAGUAUCUUUCUUGAGUCACCAUUGAGAAGAUCUUAAAACAGAGCAAUAGAAAAGUUUUUGAAAUACUUUCUCAUUGCUAUGAGAUUAAAUCCACACAAACAUGCCACUGCAGGCAAUAUCACUAUAUUCACAAAGUUACAAAAAGAAUGAGGGCCAGGUGUGAAUUGUCUCAACACUGAUCCCCCUUAAGGUAGAAAUACAUUGAGAAAAUUGGAAAUUCCAAUCAAUUUAUGGCCUUGUAUUUCAGGUUGUAUAUAACUGAACAAGAUGAAGCUUCAUUACGCUUGAUACAUACUUGUUACAUCUUUUAUUAGCUUUAACUAAAUUUCGGUGAGUAAGUUUAAAGCGUAUUUAAAGAAUGUUACUAAUCCAGCCAUUUUCUUGGCUGUAGUAUAACAAUAUCUCCUUUUAUAAUGUGAUUUGAUGUAAACCCUUUAAAGUUUAUAUGAUGUUGGCAUGCGUAAAUGUAGCUACUUUUAAAGUUUCAUAGCCAUGACGUUGUAUUACUACUACACUAGCAGUCACAGUAUUUUCUAUUCACGCAAUCAUUAAAUGUGGAGAAAUAAAGCCAUUUACUAACCCCAA